CAGCAAAGACCUUGUUAUAGUUUUAAAAAUAAUUCACGUGCGUCCGCUCGACAUGGGAUGCAGUCUUCUUCAGACGGGAAUCAGAGCAGCUCGCCUCUGUUUUACAUACAAACUGUAUGACCGAAGCUUUCGACCCAUUAAUAUAAUAGCAUAAACAUUAAACAACUGAGUGUAUACCAAGUGAAGUGACGGAACGAGUGGAUGUUACAGUUGAUGAAACCUAACAUGCGCAAGUGAAAUAUUAGUAGCAAAUAUGGAUUACAAUGCAGAAAUAUUACCGGCUACUGUCCUACACUGGAACUAUAGAGGUUUUACUGAGCUACCUUUACACCAAUUGAAAGGCGAAGAAGCAGAUGUAACAGACAUAUAUUUGAAGGAGAAUCUCUUGACUCGUUUGCCAAAUAACAUCGGAGUUUUGGAGCAUUUAGAGAGCCUUUACGUAAGCGGUAAUGAUAUAACUGAACUGCCGAGGGAAAUAUCUAAGUUGCGAUGUCUCAAGUGCCUUGAUAUUAGUGGGAACAGGUUGAGGAGUAUUCCUGAAGAGAUCGGCGAAGUGAGAAGUUUGAAGUUUCUGAUAUUAGAUGAGAAUGAGCUGACGGAGCUCCCGCUAAGGAUUGCGGAGCUGAGACGCCUGCGGUAUCUAUCGGUUUGUGAUAACAGAAUACAAUGGCUUCAACAACGUCCCGUGUACAACUAUCAUCACUGCGAACUCAGAUUCUGGAGGAACACAAACUUGAAGACGUUACCAUAUUCGCUGUGGUACCACAUGUUUAGAGAUCAACAAACAAGAUGUCUCAAUAUUGGGUGCUUAAAUGCUACAGACAGCCAUAAUACAAGAACAGGAAGUCACCAAUGUAAAUUAAAAAUAAACCAAGGAUCCAAAGACUUAGAAGUAAACAUAAGAUUCCCUCCACAGUACAAUAACGUCUUGAACACGACAAGAUUCACUCCCGCCAGUCUAUAUGAAAUUUGCAGGAGACAGUUUUACAUAAUGUUGAAUGAGGCUGUAAAGAAACUCAACCCACAAACCUACAGUUUUUACUCCGAACACGUCAGAGAAAAUCUUUACAAUGAACAUAAUAAUAAUAUAACUGAUCUACAAGAUAACUUUCAAGGAUUCAACAUUGAUAGCAGAGGUAAUAAAGAAAAUUCAGAUGAGAACGGUAAUAAUUAUAAAUCUGUCGUAAAAGAGGGUAACAAGAAAGCUAGCAAAACUUACUACGUACCAGCUGAUAUAUUGAAGGAGUAUUUUAAUUUCUUACCAAAUUUCGUCAAAAGAGAUUUAAGUAAUGGACCAAUUUCAAGAUGUGAAAACUUGAAUUGUAAAAAGCCUGUUUUUGAUGACGUUUUCUACGAAUUUUGUCUCGGUGACAUCAUUCUCAUUGACAAAGUUGAAGAGGUCCUACUCAGCGCCACAUUCUGCUCAAAAUCAUGUGCGGAUUUCUGGAAAAGAGGAAGGACAACAAUUCCUUGGACGCUACUAUAAACAGAAUUAAGAAUAAGAAUUUUGUAAUUUAUAGCAUCAGUAAUAAGAUAAAAUAUUUUAUUAAG